AUUGAAAUAACUGUGUAUCGUAUGUGUUAAUUAAACUGGCAUUAACUGGGAUAUAAAAAUUGUCGCAUGCAUAGGUAAUGGAUUAAACUGCUUAUUUGCAAUGAGAAUUGUUGAAUAUUUUAAGGAAAACACGCAAAAUCCCUGAAAUCAGAUAUCCAUGCCUUUAAUGACUUUGGAAGAUAAAAGGACUCAUACAUUGUCAACCGUGUAAACAUUAGUGGUGUAAUCGGUGUAAAUUUGACAUUGUCAACCGUGUAAACAUUAGUGAUGUAAUCGGUGUAAAUAUGGUUGAUGAACUCAAAUACAGCAUGUGAAUGACCUUAUGAACUCAUACAUUGUAAACCGUGUAAACAUUAGUGAUGUAAUUGGUGUAAAUAUGAUUGAUGAACUCAAAUAUAGCAUGUGGAUGACAUACAGUGUAAACAUUAGUGAUGUAAUCGGUGUAAAUAUGAUUGAUGAACUCAAAUAUAGCAUGUGAAUGACCUUAUUUCAUAUUAACAAUCAUGUGAAUAGUCUUAUUUUUAUUUGGCCAAAGUUUGAAGAUGCUAUUGAACUUACGCGUGGUAAUGCACGAUUUAGAUGUUUUUUAUGCAGUAAAAAAGAAGUUCCAAAAAUAAAACUUGAAUUGAAAAUGAAACCACAAAGUUCCAUUUAAGUAUGGUAAAAUAUUCAAAACUGAAGCUCAGGGAAUUCAAAGUAUAAAUUCCGGUCAAAAGUGAAAACACAAACGACAGUAAAAACAACAAAACAACAACACAUAAGAAUGGGGGGUAUGAACAGUUGUUGCAUUCCGAAGAAAAGCGGAAUUGAAGAUGAUGAAACAAAGAAGUCAAGUUUUCGUAAGCAUCGAAGGCAACUUAGUGCGACUUUCAACAUGGCGGUGUUGGGAGAAGAAAAAGAAGAACUUGUAAAAAAUAAACUUGAUAUAAAUACAGCGACAGAAGAGGAACUAAUGACCUUGCCUGGUAUAAACCGUGAAACUGCCAAAAAGAUUGUGGAUUAUCGUAGACAGAUCAAGGGGUUUAAGGUGAUCGAAGAUUUAGCGCUAGUUUCAGGUGUUGGUGCGGUAAAAUUGAAAGCGAUUCAGCACGAAAUAUGUCUGAAAACAGACGAUGACGGAAAAGGUGACAAUUUUGAAGCUUCCUUAAAUGGGGUUAUUAAAAAGGAAAGUAAAUCAGUGAUUGUUCACUUGAAUUCGUCAAAUGUGUUCCAGUUGAUGAAAGUUAAAGGAAUAGGCCAAACUUUGGCUGAAAAUAUAGUCACGUACAGGGAUAAAAAGGGACCAUUUACGAACAUCGAUGACUUGAUAAAAGUGAAGGGUAUAGGGCCAAAUGUUUUAAGUGCAAUUAGGCCACAGUUGACAUUGGACGAAAACCUUGCUACAGACAGUGUGUCUUAUGCUUCAUCGAAAAAGUCUUCAAAUUUAAAUUUCAAUACCAGUGCAAUACCUAGCAGAAUGUCAGACAUUUCUUUACAUUCUCGCAAUAAUUCCCAUGACCCGGCUGUUGAAUUUUCAAAAGGAUCUUUAGAAAACUUGGUGGACAAAUUGGGGCCAUAUUCACAAAAACCGUUACGGCCUGCAGUGGAAUUCCCAACGUUUAAGUGCAAUAAUCGUAAAGCUGUUCGCAUUGCCUCGUGGAAUCUGCAGUGUUGUUCUUCUGAGAAAGCAAAUAACCCAGGGGUACAAGAUGUCGUGUGUAUGACCAUCUUGGAAAAUGGAUUGAGCAUUAUAGCUGUACAAGAACUUGCAGACAAGGAGGCCUUGCAAAAGAUUUGCGAUGAGCUCAACACACCCACCCUGCCUAACAACCAGAAAUGGGCGGGUCAUCGUGGCAAAUGGAGGUGUGUCAUUUCAGAGUCAACGGGUCGCAUGUACAUGAGUAACGAGUACAAUGGAUUCCUGUAUGAUGAAAUGCAGGGCGUUGCCCUAGUAAGCUCAACCCUCCUGGCCAUGGACAAGAAACAGAAACCCUUCACCCGAAGACCUUUCAUUGCUACAUUCAAGAUCAGCGGUUUUGACUGCGCACUUGUAAGUGUACAUCUGAAGGCAACCGGUCUGGAGAAUGAGGACAUCGGUCGACUGCAGGCAGAGAUUGACAAUAUCCCCAACCUUAUAGAGGCCAUUAGGACCGCUCUGCCAGGGGAAAAUGAUAUUAUACUGCUUGGUGACUUUAACCUGUCUCCAGAUACCAACGAUUUUGAUGAUCUUCGAAAUCUAGGCUAUCACAAUUGUAUUGCCGACGGUGUCUUCACAAACAUAAGCGACGCCAACAAAAAAGGCAGCAAGACAUACGAUAACAUCUGGAUAUCUAAACAGACAAAACAAGUGUUCACUGGUCAAUGUGACGUCGUGAGAGAGGGCCUGUCCAGUCCCUGGAUCCCUAAGGGCUGGACGUGGGGCGGGGUUGUGAGUGACCACUGUCCAGUGUGGGCCCAGUUCUACACGGGCCGUGACCUUGACACUGGAGACCUUAAAAUCGGACCAGAGGUUAUUAAAUUUGUACUGACUGACUGAUGUUUUGUAAAAUAUUAGAAUAUUACACAUGUUACUCUGGUUAUGUGACAGACAUCAUUGAUAUCGAAUUGGUGAUGCAAUUCUUCAAACAGUAAACAGUGAAAAUAUUCCACACUUUUCAUUAUGUUAUUGCUGUGAAAAUCGCCAUUUAAACUACUUUAAAAUGGAAGCCAAUAAUAAACUUAUAAGACAAAAUUAACAAGCGAUUGAACAUUUUUGUGUUUUAAUAUCAGAAAUAUUCUCUUGGUCAAAUGUUAACAAUUUAUUUAGCAAAUUUGUUCAACAUGUUAUGGUACGUGAAGUUUUGAGAUGUUGAUGUUAUUUUAUGUUUUGAUGUACUGCUGAUUUCACAUUAGGUGUACCAUUCUUGUGAAUGUGGAAAAUAGUGAAUGCAACAUUUGUUUUUAAGUAGAUUAUGUGUUCAUUGUUAUAGUAAAACUCUCAAUUCACAACAUAUGAACCAAUAAACCAUAUUUUAUUACUUACACGUGAAUGUCUACCGCUAAUUAUAAUUCUUAAAAGUUUUGCUUUAAUGUCAGAAAUAUUUUGUAUAAUUCUUAUUUCAAUAUAGCUUACAAUACCGAUUAGAUUGUGUUAAUAUGUUUGAAUACACAAAACAAAUUAUAUUUAUUAUAUUAUCAAAAUUUGAUAACGUUUUGUUGUUUUAACUUUGAUAUAGCAUUUCUGCUGAAUUUCACCAUUCUUGGGAAUGUGGAAAAUAGUGAAUGCCACAUUUGUUUUCAAGUAGUUUGUGUGUUCAUUGUUAUAGUAAAACGCUCUUUUCACAACAUAUGAACAAAUAAACCAUCUUUAAUUACUUGCACAUGAAUGUAUACGAUAAUUAUAAUUGUUAUAAGUUUUGCUUUAAUGUCAGAAAUAUUUUGUAUAAUUCUUAUUUCAAUGUAGCUUACAAAACCAUUUAGAUUGUGUUGAUAUGUUUGAAUACACAAAACAAAUUAUAUUUAUUAUAUUAUCAAAAUUUGAUAAGGUUUUGUUGUUUUAACUUUAAUAUUGCAUUUCUGCUGAAUUUCACCAGUUUGUAUUAUUACUUGCUUCAUUUUAAUAAUUUAAUGAUCAAAAUAUUUUAUGAUAGCAUUUUUCGAUUGUGCAUUGUGAAGUUUCAAUUUUAUGCAGUGCAGUGUAGAGCGGAAAAUGCAAAUUUUUAAGAAGCACCCGUUAAAUGCAUAAUUGUCAACAUUUAUUUGAUCCUGUGUAUUUAAUAUUUAUAAAUGAUAUUAUGUCUUAUUGAAAUAUGUAAUAAUAUGUAUAUAGUUCCCUGUAUGAAUUUGUUAUAGAUUAAAAUGAAAUGUUCUGUUUCAUUUGGGAAUAUUUCAUAGACUACCAUG